CUUCGUUCAUGCUGUCAAUUCGCAACAAGGAAAGAACGAAAGAGACCAUAGAAUUAAAGGACAAAGCUGAAAGCGCGUUACAGAUCGAAUCGAAAUUCUGAUCGGCGAUAAAAUCUUUAGACGUAGUCGACGUGUGAAAAAGUGGAAGGAGGACGACGAGAAAGAGGGAAGAAGGUCUGGCCGACCAAAAAUUAUUCAUGGCACUUCCGACGCCGUGAAAGUGAUCUCGAGGAUCCUUUUUCGACAAUCUUAUUAGACAUCCGUGGCCGUGGCGACAACUUUGGUUGAUCGGCAUCCGGUAUCCGGCACUUAUUUUCAAACGACGGGCGACUCGUUUUCAUGGAACGGCCCUGAAUGAGCGCGAGUGAAAGUUCUCGAGCCAAAUAUUUUUCGCGACUUCGUUUCGUGGACCGUUCGUAUUCGUACGAUCUUCCUAUAAGAUAAAUUUCUACGCGCUGUGCGCGCCUAUCUUUUCUUUUUAUAAUAAUUUACUCUCUCACGGUAUAUAACGAGACGAACAGUUGUUUCGGUUCAGUUCCCUCUAUGUAUCGUAGAUAGUCGAAUCAAAGCGAAAAGUAGCGAAAUGGGUGUACCGUGUAAUACGCGAACAUUGAGGAGUGGGCUGUAGCGACGUGAAAGUGGCCGUCUGGAAGUGGCGGAAUGCGGAGUGUUGAGCGCUACGCUGAGCCGCGGCGUGCACGCUGAUCCAUGAUACUAGUUAAUUGGAGUAUCACAUUUACUUGUAACUCGCCAAGUAAACAGACUACUUUGGCAGAUCCUAUCGUGCCCGAUCACCUCUUGUCUUGGAUGUUCAUCAAUUUUGAUACGAUUAUCUUAGCGCCGUUGUAUCGAGAAGGCAAAGAGGGAUGGCGAGAUGUCGGCGGGAAUCGAGGAAUUCGAGAAUGAAAGCGUGCGGCAUUUAGUCUGCGGCUGACCACUUUAAAAGAGUAUGCAGCGUUGGUUACUAGCUCUGGACGAACCUGCAUCUAACCCAUGCGGUAACACCGCCAUCAAUCACCAAUCGUCAAGGAUAGAGCCUGACUCGAUAGACGCCGAGGUCUCGAGGUUCGUAGCCGGCUCUUCGACGACAACGACAACGACCACGACGACGCGAAAUAAUCCGAGAAGAUGCUACCGAACCUCGACCAGUUCUGGCUAUUCCAGCCAUUCUCCGCCAUUGUCCGCUGGUUCUUACUCUUGCUAUGCGUCGGCAGUCCCUCGCCAAGGUCAAGGCAUUUUUCGAGCUCUGCCUAUAACAAUGAAAGACCAGUUCGGCGGUGGACUUGCCGUAAUUCACGAGAGCGAGUCGAUUCCACGUCCUAUAUGGCCAUCUGCGUUUCCUAGCCCUCGCGAGCUUUAUCAGAGCGACGAGAAUCCCGAAUACGAUGCUGUGUACGCGUGCUGCGGACGCGGUUGCGCGUACGCCUACUCGUACUGCGAUUGGGAUUAUGAAAACUCUACAGGCAUAUCAGCGUCAGCGCGCGACGUCCUCCUUGAAUUAUCCCGAACACUGAACUCUGUGAUAGAAGGCGAAACCGUUAUGACGCCGGAGGAAAUCCUGCAUAACAUCUCGCAAAAAGUUGCCCAAGGGAUCGGCUUGAAAGGAGGGAUUUACGAGUACGUUUAUCGUAAUUCGUCUCUCUUAUCCGCCAAGACAUCAUUUGCAGGCGACAAAACCUCAUCCUUGUUAAGCUGUAACAAUAGAACCUUGUCGACGAAGAUCAACCCGGUAAACUCGAAGCUUUACAGUAACAUGAGGCAAUUUUACGUCCACAACCCGGCGUGGUACACUUGCCUGAGCUCCUGCGAGCAUACUCACGGAUUUCUGUCGUCGUCGUCGUCGUCGUCGAAGGGUGGCGAACCAAUCGGAAUGAACAACGAGCCAGGAAAGAAAUCAAGUCCUCCCGCGGUGUUCCUGGUGGACGAUCACUGUCGAGAAACUACGCGGACGCUCCUAUCGGAGUCGCAGAUUCAUCGAAACCUUUCCGGUUCUCGUGUUUGCAAAUGCUCGAAUCGUUCGAGUCAUAGCAUCGAACAACCACGAAACGCAUAUACAACCCAUUGCGCUGCCCUCGAUCCGAAAGAGACAAUCGUAAUUAACGACGAAACCAUGCAGAAUCGAAACAGACUCGUUCACAACGAAUCGGAAUACGCAACGCAGCUGGAAUGCAGUGACGGUGGUUCAUCCAGUGAAGGUAUAAUCGUUUCGUCCGGCAAAACUAACUGGGACCAUCGCAUACGAGGAUUCGCCGGAGACUUAGACUUCACAUUGGACGUUUCUCGUGCCGAACGGUUAGGCCGAACGAUCGCAAAAGCGAAACGGAAGCGACAAUGGUGCAGAGCUCUAACCGCAUUUUUCGGACUAGUCUUCUUUGUUUUAAGUGUCGUCAUUGUCUCGUUGUCCGUAACGAGAGGUCGUAAAGUAUUUGGAAGCAUGUGAGAUCAUUGAUCCACGAGUUACAUUGGAAUUGGAACGAUGCAACAACUGUUCGAACGUAUGGCUUGGCUGCAUAGUAUACACGUCUGAGGCCACCGAAGCAACAAUCAUACUCGGAGCGAAAACUAUCGCUUGUUUUAAAGUAACUUCCCUGACUGUAAAUUUCAGAGAAGGCUCUACGAAUUUCUAUAUUUAUCUUGUAUAUUUACCUUUCGAAUACUAUAGAUUAAAUAGCGGGCUAGUGGUAUAAUAUAACCAACUGAUAGUCACCUAGCGGCUAGCGACGAUGACUAAUCAGUUUUUCUUUUUGCUCAGAGUAUGAUAUAAUCGUUCGAUUAGAACGCUCUCGUAACGUUUAUUACUGUAAAAUUACUGACUGACACACUCUCGCUUUAUGUAUUUCUCAGUACCUUAUACCGUUAAGUGAAAUUGGCAGGAUUCAAAUCCUGUUAGCAAUAUGUGGCUGUGACCAUGUUCUUAUGUAUAAAUAUUAAUAUACAAAAUAUACGCUGAUAAAAUCA